AUGGGUGCAUCAGGCUUAGGUUCUGCUUUAGCAAAUUGCAUUAAUCUCUCAAAUUUGACACUUGAACUUGCUACAAAUUCAAUUUAUGCAAAGGGUGCGUCAGGCUUAGGUUCUGCUUUAGCAAAUUGCAUUAAUCUCUCAAAUUUGACACUUGACCUUCGUGACAAUUAUAUUGGUGCAAUGGGUGCAUCAGGCUUAUGUUCUGGUUUAGCAAAUUGCAUUAAUCUCUCAAAUUUGACUCUUUACCUAAAUUCUAGCUCAAUGAAUAAAUCAUAAACAUUUAAAGUAAUAAGCAAGUGUCGUAAAUCAAAAAGAUUAGUUGUCUUUAAUUUUUAGAUAAGCGAAUCAUGA